GCCCUUCACCUUCCACAGCCUCAACGCCAGCCUCAGUUGGCGCAACGGCGAGGCGUGCCUCCAGGGCGUGGCGCACCAGCAGCGGUCCGAGGGCAGGUUUCUGUUCAAGGCUUUCCAGGAGCACGGCGAGCGACACUUGUGGGCCGAGGAGAGCGCGAGGGUGCGCCAGCUGGGAUGGAGGGCCCUGCCAGUUCCAGCCACCCACGGACCGAGCCGGCGCGACUCGGCGGGCGUCUUGCACGCUGUGCCUGCAUGUGUCAGCGUCACUCUUGCGCCCGAGCAGCGACACUGGGACAUCUCUCCCCCAGGAGGUGCGGGCAGGCUUUGGGUGGCCACGAUCGAAGCCAAACACAGGGGCGAGUUCUUGCUUUAUUGUGCUUACUGCGUUACUGGUCAGAGGUUUUCGCCUGUGGGCAACGUGGCUAGUUUGGCCGGUUUCAUCGUGUGGGUGGUCAAGCUCCAGCUACCUUUGAUCGGCGUCGCGGUUUGGGAGAACCUCCCUGAGCAUCUGGAGCGCUCAACGUGGCCGUCGCGGGGCGCCGACGUCCACCUCGAUAUGCUGCAAGUGGGCCCCAAGUCGGUGGAGGUGGCGCUCUUCUACGCAGCCCGUAGCCGAGCCCCAGCUCAGUGGGCAGCGGCCAUGCCAGAUCGAGUCGCGCUCCUUCCUGCGCCCUGGCUGCCGCCCGCGCGGCAGCGGAACCAGGGGCGCAAGCAGGGCGGCUGGUUGCAGCACUACGCGGACGCGGUCAACCAAGCGGUGCUCGGCGGUUCCCCCUCGCAGGAGCCCCCUUUCAAGUCGGGCCAGGCGGGCGCGCCCUACUGCCAGCUCGGCGUCAACUACAACGAGUUCGGCACCAUGCAGCUCUACUACUGGCAGCGCGGCCGCAGCCCGACGUCCGCCUCAGUGCGGGGCCAGCUCACAGCGUGCAACGCGGUUCCCACCUUUCGAGAUGUCUGUCUCCUGCUUCAGCAGCAGAGCGCCUCCAUCCGAAACUUGCGCGAUCGUCUGAGGCACUACGUGUUGCUGGAAGGUAUCGAGGAGCUGCAGAAUCUCUUGGAAGUCUUCACCUCCCGCGAGAGGCAGCGCGAGGAUGUGCGGGAGCUCUCAGCUUGGCAUCUGCGGAGACACAGUCACUUCGCAGACGUUCGGGCUAAAGGAAGGGCGGACCUCAGCGCGCCGCCAGAGGGGGUCGGGGCGCAGCUCAAGCAGGAGCUCAAGGCCACCAAGCGCAUGCUGGAGUACUGUGGUCCUCCCAGGGCCCUCCCCGGCGAGGCCAAGCGGGCCGCGCGUCGCCCUCGGCUGCAGCAGCAGAGCGCUUACGCGCCCCCGACAGCCCGCCCCACGGCGGCGCCCAACCAGCCACGCGUCCUGGAGGCUUGUCGGGGAUACCACAAGUGCGCCAACGGCGGCAAGGUGGCGCGCACCCAGCUGGCGGCCGUUCAGCUACAAGAAGGUCGCGGUCGACUCCAAGGGCUCCAGGCUAAGGUCAAGAGUGCCGUCAAGAGGGGAAGCGCGGCGGUUCCCCUGCCGGUGGCAGCUGGCGCCACUGGCCGCGCCGUGCGCCAGCGCCCAGACCACGAGGCCCAGGACGAGGAGCUGCGCGUGACAGACCAGACCCCCCCGCAGGGGCCGCCUGCUCAGGUCCUUUGGGAGCCAGUGGCCCACCCUGCUCGGUGUGUCGGCGUCGGUCGGGGGGACAAGGACGAGCUCGCCUGCUCCCUGGACCUGGGCGACGGUGCGGCUACGGCGGGGGCCUCUUCUCACGCCGUCCAG